AAGUUCAUUUGUAUUUAAAUUGGAUAUUUAUGCAAAUAAAAUUAUUUCAAAUCUUACUACAAAUGAUAUUUGGCCAUCUCAAAGUUUUAUUCCACAUGCUUUAGAUGUUGCUGAUACAUGGGCAGUUGUGGCUGGUUAUGGAUACGAAUAUCUUCUCGUUCGAAGUGAAUAUCGAGAACUUUAUCAAGCAGUUGGAUGUUUGAUUGAUCUUUCUCAAUUAAUAAAUGCUUCUUGUGUAUCUAUUACAUCUGAAACGUAUUAUUUAGUUCCAUCAAAUAUUGUUUCAUAUAAUGAACUUUAUGAAUUAUCAGUAGCUAUUCGUGGUCAAAAAGUACUCAUUGGAAUAUCUCGUCUUUCAACAGUUGUAAUUCUUUAUAAUUCUGGAUCAUUUUUAAAUGUUACUCAAACACAUUUAUUAUCUUUUAUUUCUUCUCCUUCAAUUGGUCGUGUUGUUGAUUGGGCAGAUAAUACAACAAUAGCUAUUUUAGUUGAAAAUGAAUAUGAAACAAGUUGGUCAACAACACAAAUCUACUUUUAUGAUGAAAAUUUAGUAACACUGACUUCUCCAAUCUUUACUUUUCCUAAUAAUCAACAAAUUAUAGGUACUCGUUUAUUACGUCCAUCAAUCGCUCGUUUUAUGAUAACUGUUGAAGGUAAUAUGGCAAUGAUUACUGGUGGAACAUAUAAAAAUUAUUCAAGUUUAGGUCCUUGUAGCAUUUGUCCUUCAGGUACUCGAAAUCUUAGUAUAUCUUCUAUUGGAAUUUCUCAAUGUAUAUCAUGUUCAUCAAAUUUAUCUUGUCCAUUAGCAUCAUUAUCUGAAACCAAUUUGACUAUGGUAUCUUCAUAUAGUCAAGCAGUUGCUUAUCCUGAAACGACAGAUGCAACUGAUAUUGAAGAUUUUCUUAUUAAAACUACCUUUCAAAUUGAUACAAAACAACAUUGUUUACUUAUUUCUCCUCUUUUCUGGACAUUUAUAGUUGGUGGUUUAUGUCUUUUAUAUUUGACAUUUAUACUUUUAACUCAUCUAUUCAAUUGUAAAUCAUGUAUAAAAUGUCAUAAAAAAGCUAAGAUAGCUUUUAAACAUACGGAUAUUAUUAAUGAAGGUGAAAUGUGGAUUGGUGGUUUAGCAACAUUAGCUAUUAUUGUUCUUGCUGUAUUUGCUUGUUGGUUUUCUGCAUCAUUUCUUCAACGUUAUCCAAUUGAAGAUAUUUCUCAACCAGCUACAUUUGCAUGUGAUGAAUCAUUGAUUAAUGCACAAUUUUCAACAGGUCUUAAACUUCUUGCUAUUCCAAAAUCAAUCGAAGCUCAACCGAUUUUUAAUUUACUCGAUAAACAAACUUUUAAUUUAACAGUUGAAUUAAUAAAUACAGGUUUUACAUGUUCUUCUAUUACUGCACAAGAAAAUCUUCUUACUUCGAAAUAUGUUGCUUUAAGAAUUGGUUGUAAUCGAUCAAUAGAAACAGCUAUAACAUCAGUGACAUUUACAUUACCAAAACAUUUAACAACAGUACAAGUAAAUAUAUAUUAUGCUAUUUUUGAUCAUAGUUCAAUGGCAAAUAUUAAAUUUAUUAAUUCACGUGUUUCUUAUGUAAAAUUUCGAAGAACUUUUGCACCAGAUGCAAUUAUGGGAGAUUUAGUAUUUUAUCGAAAUAAGUUCACUGGGUCAAUGCUUGCUCGAACAUUAUUCAUAGGUAGUAAUGAUUGGAGAGAAGAAGUUGAUUUAACAAAUAAUGAUUUAAUUGAUAGUCAUAAUAAUCGAGGAGAAUUACUUCAAUGGAGUUCUGUUGCAAAAAAUAUAUUAAUUCUUUUAAAUACACGUUUUCCAGAUGGUUCAUUUCACCAGAUCGAUUCAACAGAGUUAAUCUAUGAUAAUGGAGCUGAAUUAGGAUGUCGAUCCAAUAUAACUGAACAAAUAUGGAAACAAGGAUCUGAUCAUUCAACAAUGAAAUUAUCUUUUAUAGAAAAUAAACCUGGAAUAUCAGUUUGA